AUGGGAGAGGUUUCGCUGAGGGACAUGCCCUUGAACAAUGGCUUUUCUGUACCAAUACUCGAGCGCCAAUCUCUGUGCUUGCCCAGCCUCGAACCUGGCGUUGCAACCCAGUUUGGAGAACACGGCUUCGUCCAGAACCUCACCAAGCAUUUCCCCUCCCAAGAGAAUAAUGCGUUGGAAAGACUCGUACAAUUGAAACACCAUCUCAAGGCCGCUGACCCCGAGUCUUUCUGGUCGGCGCUGAUGGAGGGCGUCACCGAUAUAUGCCAUGCCCAAUACGGUUUCGUCGCCAAAAGAGUCUUGACCGAUGACCACAACUCGGCCAUCGAAAUGCCAACCAUUGGAGACCCUGGCUCUUGUCUGUUGGGUGUCGCUUUCUACUACAACGACGGAGAUAAGCAGAGGGCCAUGCUUCGCGACUACAAGUAUCUCGCCUGGGAUGCCCCGUGUAGCUCUAUGAAGCACGACAAGGUCUUUCUCAUCCCCGAAAACAUGAGCACCUUCAUCACUCACAACCCCAAUGCUUUACCCUUCCCUGCAGAGGGUUAUCUCGGUGUGCCAUUGUUUCAAGACGGGAAAUGCUUUGCUCACUUUGGCCUGAUGUGGACACAGGAUGGCCUGGACCGACGGGACACUUCAUGGGGAUUCACCGAGAUGCUGCUUCACACUCUGGAGGAUCUGAUCGUCGACCGCUUGAUCAACGGCCCUGGCUUCGCAAAACCACAGUCCAUCAAAAUGCCCAAACCAGCUCAAGUCGUACCCCGCGAAGCCGUCACUGGUGCCCACUCUCUGAAACCCUUUGCCAAAAAUCUGUCCCAUGAGUUGAGAACACCAAUGCAAGGUGUGGUCGGCAUGUUGGAUGUAAUGCAUGCCACAGUCCAAGAACAGAUCGAGGGUCAUUCCAACUCGGCAGUCCGUACCGUCUUUCAAACAUUGAAGGAUAAUAUCGAGACUGUGCAGGACAGCUCUAAGCGGGCCGUUGAAGCAGCAGACAAUGUCGUCCAUGCUUAUGACAUGAACAUGCAGAUCCCUGAAACCCCUCUAAACGAGCACGAAUCACCUGCCAACGCAACCACGUCGACCAGCUAUUUCGAUUUCAAACCACCACGGCUAAUCGAGGGCAGUGAUAUUCACGUGCACAGUUACAAGAGACGUCGAAGCAGUCCAACACCAUGGCAUUUUGGUAAUGCCACAAAAGCCCGCCAAACUGGCUCCGCCUCUCGUUGCGACGUGUCCCCUAAGAGCGGACGGUCAAGUAUUCCACUGUCCAGUACCCCGAGAACUACUUCGGACGAUCGCAUCCCCCUGAUCUUUACACCAAACAAUGUUGACACCCCAAGUGAUCUCACAACCAUCACUCCGUCCACAAAACUGUCGGGGGACAGUGAUACAUUUCCCACGCCGGGUCUGAAGCAAUGUCGUAUACGAGAACUCAUUCCUACGGUAAUUCAUGAUGCCCUUCGCGUUGGCGGCCGUCCAGACUCUGCUAUUGGCCAAGUGUUGGAUCUCGGCGAGCGCAUCAUUGUGAGGUCUCGGUCGUCAAACGGACACACGUCCCAAAAAACAAUCGAAUGGACCCUGACCCAAGACGUGCCGGAGACCCUGUUGGUUGACGAGCGAGAUCUGGCAAAACUCGUCUCAGCUGUGUUUCUUAAUGCCAUCAAGUUCACGGAAAAUGGAAGCAUCACUCUUUCUGGUCGGCUGUCCAAGACCCGACGCUUUGUCGUCAUCAAUGUCAAAGACACGGGUGAUGGAAUCCCUGUUGAUUUCCAACCUGAAUUGUUCAAACCUUUCUCUCGAGAAGAUGACUCCUUGACCAGGUCGAAAGAGGGUCUUGGUCUUGGCCUCCUGGUAGCAAAAGGACUUGCUAGGCGCGUGGGAGGGGACAUCAUUUUGGUCAGGUCCCAGACUUCCGGGCCCAACAAAGGAUCCGAGUUCGAGAUCAGGGUUCCGAUAGAACCAUCUGACAACCCUAGUAGGACGGGAACACCUCGUAGUGUAACUCCGGACCCAUCGAGAAGUGUCUCGCGGCCACUUACAAGUGGAAGAUCGUCGAGCCCAACAUCGCCCACUUCGGCACCUCAACGUCAUGCAGCUUCGUCCCGAACCCUUGUUUCCUCCAGAUUGGCUGGCGAUCAGUCUCAUCCCACCGAACCGAGAAGAGUUUUAUCGGCUCCUAUCACGCCGCUGCGACAGGAAUCAUAUGAUAGAAAUCUUGCACAGAAACAUCCUCUUACCUUUUUGGUUGCGGAAGACAAUAAGAUCAACAGGAAAUUGCUUGUCAGCAUGCUGGGCAAGCUAGGAUACAAAGAUGUGCACGAGGCAUUUGAUGGCAAGGAAGCUGUGCGAAUCAUGCGGGAAUUGCAUGCACGAGCUCGCCGAGGGAGCGGCCCUGGCAAUCGACAUCGGAAAAACGUCGAUGUGAUUCUGAUGGAUCUCUGGAUGCCCGAGAUGGAUGGCUACCAGGCCACGGAGAAAAUCUUGCACAUGUUCCAGCAUCACACACUCGAGGAUCGGAGUGAUGCCGACAACAACAGCCUUUCAGCACCAGUGGUACUCGCUGUCAGCGCAGACGUGACGGAUGAAGCUAUCGAUCGUGCUACCAAGACGGGAAUGGAAGGUUUCAUGACUAAGCCAUACAAACUGAUGGACCUACAAAAAUUGAUUUUGGAAUUUUGCAUCAAGCCCGACGGCAUAACAGGACAAGUGUAA